CCAGCAGUGACCCCUCCUCUCCUGUGUUCUUUCCAGCUCUUCCUGUCCAUGAACAGAAUUGGGACACAGGGAGGGAUGGUGAGAGCAGAGGCCUCUGUCUCUGGCCUCAGUGGUACUCAGUGAACAUGGUGCACAUUUUCAUUUUGUUUUCAGUUAUAUUUAAUUAUCCCCCCCUUAAAUGUGCUGGUUUUGGGGGUGCAUAACCAAAGCAUGGAUCACAUUUCCCAGUUCAUACACACCCACUCCCAUCCGCUUAAUCCUUCAUUAGAUAUAAUCCACGAACACAAGUAAAUGUCUUUUUUAAAACCUGGUUUACUUUAUUCAUCUACUACAUUACAUGCAUUUAGCAAAAGCUCUUCUCCACGAUACAACAAACCUUAGAACACAAGAAAUUAACUUCAAAUGCUAGAAGUAGCAGGUGUUAGGGGGUGGGGAUAGAAGUGGAACCGAGAUCCGGUCUGUAGAGGUGGGUAUUCCUCUGAAUCAGAAGAUGGCCAGUGAUCCUGCUGUCCUGACCCCUGUGGGUAGUUCAUUCCACCACUGAGGGACCAGUACAGACAGGGAUUGUGUUCACACAUGUACUCAUCCAUUUCAUUUGCACAAUCCUCCAUCAGUUUGUGUUUUGCUGUUUUCUGUUUCAGUUUUUGUGUUUGUUGUAAAUCUGAGCCACAGUGUCAACUUCUGGGUGAAUCAAGGCAACAAGACCAAUACCGAGUGUCAGCAGAUCAGACUGGCUUUGUGCUGCUUGUGCUAAGUUCUUACAUGUGUUUCCUUCCAGCUCCAAGAAGCUCAACUGAAGUGCCAUUUAAAAAUGUCAGUCAUUUCUCCUCAAGAUAUUUGAAUGGUGAAGUUCAGCACUACACUGUUGGACAUCGCCAGGCUGCAGCAGGAUUCUGUAUUUAUCGGUUUUAUACCUCCGGACCUGCAUUGCAUUGUUCGCUCCACACGAGACCACCACCAACCCCGAGACAGCUUACCGGCACCGCACUCAGGUGAAGUUGGCGACCCGAGGAGACCCCCGCGAAGGCGGAGACGCAAGAGGGGCAAGAGGGGGGGACUACAUGCCAGGCUUAAAGCUCGUGCUAGCCGACCACAGCUACCCAGCCUCCUGCUAGCUAACGUGCGAUCGCUGGAGAACAAACUUGACGAACUGAGAGCCAGGAUCACAACACAACGGGAAAUCAGAGACUGCUGCGCUCUAAUUGUCACGGAGACCUGGCUGUCAGCCAAAGUACCAGAAUCUGCCGUGCAGCUACAGACGCACUCUGUUCACCGAGGAGACCACACUGACCCCUCCGGUAAGGUUAAAGGAGGUGGCGUGUGUGUAUACAUAAACAACUUGUGGUGUGGAGAUGUACAAACUAUCCACAAACACUGUUCGCCACACGUAGAGAUGCUGUUGUUGAAAUGCCGACCCUACUAUCUACCGAGGGAAUUCAGUGCUGUGUUUUUGGCCGCCGUUUACAUCCCUCCGCGAGCUAACUCAUCAGCAGCACUCGGUAAACUCCAUGAAGCUAUCAGCGCGCUGGAAACAGCUCACCCUGAUGCUGUUUUCAUCGUCGCAGGAGACUUCAACCACUGCAAUCUACGGACUGUGCUUCCAAAAUAUUUCCAACACGUAAAGAUUCCCACACAAGAUCAGAACACGUUGGAUCAUGUUUACAGCAACAUUCGUGAGGCAUACAAAGCUGCCCCCUGCCCCCACUUUGGACUCUCAGACCACAUCUCCCUGUUCUUGUACCCGGCUUACAGACAAAGACUCAAACUAAACUAAACUAACAGCGGUUAAACAGGUUAAAUGCUGGUCUCCAGAGACUGAGAGUAUCUUACAGGACUGUUUUGCACAGACAGACUGGGAUGUGUUUAGAGCUGCAGCCACACUGGAGGAUUCUUCUAUUGACAUAAAUGAGUAUGCUGAGUAUGUGACUGGGUACAUCAGCACCUGUGUUGACCACAUUGCACCCACCAUACAAA